AUCAUAGCGCAUAAGCUAAGGGCAAUGAUCCGCCUUACUUACCCUGUUCAUUUACAGACUCUGUUUGCUUUAGUCAUAUAAACUCUCCUAAGUCCAACUUCCCUCUUUUUUUUACUCAACAUAACUUGACUUAUUCGCGUUGAUAAUCGAAAUUCCAAAUUAAGAACAUUAGAUAUCCGAUGCCUGCUUCAGGUCGGACUCCCCAGCGAUCCCUGCUAAAUGCGGGGUUGAGGUUGUUCAUCACGAAGAUGGGAAGGAACCAACUAAUGCCUGAGGAUCGAAAAGGACUCGAAUUAGUGGUGACCGGAGAGUUAAACGAAACACUGGGCCAGUGCACAGCCGGUAUGUCCUCGCUGAACAGUACGGAGCUUUUCGAUCAAAUGACAGCCUCAACCAGAAUGUCUCAUAGAUUGGCGGCCGCCUUGGAGCGCAUCCAGGUACUGGAGGAGCGCAACCGUAGGCUGAAAGAUCUGGCGCUGGACAAAUCUGAUAUUUUCGAGUCUAGGGGUGUUAUGCUCUGCUCCCGGGCCUUUGACCUCAGUCGGGAGCUGAUCGUGACCAGAAUGCGAAUUAACGACUUUGAGAAGGCCUGCACUCAGCUGCGAAGGCGCAUCCUGGAGCUGAAGCUGCGACGCAUCCAACGACGACGGUAUCUUUGCCACGAGGUGCAGAGGCUGCGACUAGCGCAGGAGAACCAUGUGCCCACUAUCCUGAUGCGCCUCUGGCAUUGCCUCCGCUUCUUGUGGAACUGUGUUGACUGUCUGGCGCAGGUGUCCCACGGGGCUCGUUCUAUCCGCAAGGCGGAUGGCACAAUAGACGCCCUCAAUUUGUUCGUCGAGAGUUUUUAACCAUUGCCAUUAAAAUAUGUAUAUUACUU